AUGGCUGACUCCGACCCUGGAACUGUUGACUCAGUCCCACUUAGCACAAACAUAGAGGCUCCACCAGACACGCUUCAACCGCGUGCCCAGCUCAAACGGACUGCUUCCGCUGCGUCGCUCACCGGUGCGUUGGACCCCAGUAGGAAAAGAAUGAAGGAAGAAGGGUCUGAGCACGAUUCUCAAAGCUCGGCUGGGGAUGCACUCACCGGUGGCAACAUUACUGAGGAGCUUGUAGAGCAGCUUACGUUGGAGUUGCAGUGUGGAUGCUGUUCCUCUUUGGUAUACCGUCCAGUCCUCGUUCACCCAUGUCAGCAUUUUUUCUGCGGAAGUUGCUGUGUCUUGUGGAUUCGCAACGGCGGCACAAAUUGCCCCGCGUGUCGUGGACUUUCAACAACUGUAACGCCAUUCAGACCUCUUCAAACCAUUCUGGAUCUUCUUCUUCGAGCAGCCCCACAGAAGGCAAGAACGGAACGAGAGCGGCAACAGGCAGACGAGAUAUAUUCAGGGACAUCAAUGCGGAUCCCAGCACCAAGAGAGCUCUCCCCAGAACCUGAUAUCAAUCCGAGUGAUUAUGCUCGACCAUGCCCUACUUGUUUGCCGGGCAACGCGUAUGGAUGGAAUUGUCCUCAGCCAAUUGUCGAUCCAAACAUCGAUCCAGACCAUGCAUGGCUAUUGGAUGAUGGUUCACCUCCUGGUCAUGCUCUAUGUGGCAAUUGCGAGAAUCUGCUCGCCUUAGCCUCGCCGAUGACAUCGAAAUGCGACUUUUGCCAAGUGUCCUUUUGUGGCAUCACCGCUCAAGGGCGGUGCGUGGCCACCACACUGUUGUCUCAGCAACUGCACGAGCUUCAUGAUCUUGGAGACAUGAUACAGUCAGCCAAAGUUUACGAAGCAUUUUGCAGCAAUACUGUCGAGGUUGACAUUAUGCUCGACUAUCUCACGACCCAGAGAAUGACUCCACGCCAUAUCUAUCAGGAUAUUGUGACACAUAUCCAGGCUCAGCCUCGAGGUUUCCUUCCCUUGGUCGAACAGGAGCUUUUUGUCGAUGUCCAUCCAUUGCCAGCGGGUAUCGACCCUGACCCACAAGCACCGCGCAACAAGAUCUGCCGAGGAUGUGCCGCCGAAGUAUUCUUCUACGGACUAAGAGACUGGUUCCUUCGCGAGCGAGCCAAAGGCUUUUUGGAGGAGGCAAUUCUAGGCAAGAAAAACUGUGAGAAUGGCGCAGAAUGCACCCGCCAAGGGGAACUAGAACAUGCACGAGAAUUUAAUCACAUGGUUCCAUUUGUGGGUUCUCCGAGCCACACCGGAGAGGUCGCUGCUGUGAAUCCGCUGCCCGCUUCUGCUCCCCCUGCACCAGAGAACACUUCCGACGACGACGAUGAAGAAGAAGCAGAUGUCAUUCUCAACAUGGGGGAAGUCGAUCUUUCAUUUGAAUCGGACGUCCUUCCUACGCCCCCGGCUCAGGCGACUACUAUCCCCUCAGCUAGCGGACCAGAAGAAGACCAGGAAAUGCUAGACGCAUGA